AUGGCUGAAGAAAUGGUGGAAGUAUGCAAUCUCAAUGACCUUAAGGGGCUAAUUGAUUUCAAGAAAGGAAUUCACAUUGACACUUUCAGCCGCCUAAAGAACUGGGAAGGUCGCAGUUGCUGCGAAUGGGAGGGCAUAUCCUGUGAUAAUUCGACUGGAAGAGUGACAGAAAUCCUUCUCCUAGGACUCAUUUACUUUGAUGGUGUUCCCUUACAAAAUCAUAAGGAAUGUUGGUUGUCUCCUUCUGUCACACUCCUCACAUCCCUUGAAGCCAUUGAUUUCAGCGAGCUCAUUGGUCUUUCCAGGCCAACCCCACCUUCAAUCAUCGAUUCGCUUAGGAGCUUGACAAGUUCGGCGAAUUUGGAUCUCCAUAGCAAUUCUAUAUCUGGUCUGAUGCCAGAAAAGAUUGGUGAACUGCAAAUUCUUAAUUUAUCAGAGAAUUUUUUGGGCAGGAAGAUCCCGCCAUUAAUAACUAAUUUUACUCUCAUAUCAGUAAUGUUCUUGAACAACAAUUAUCUUGAAGUGCGCAUUCCAUUCCCACAGCGCUCUGGCCAGAUGCUUUCCCUUGCCCAUCUAAGGCUAAGGAUAACUGUCUGA